AUGGAGGACCAGGAACCAUCGAGUCUGGAGGACCGCGAAGCGCAGAGCGGUCCCGGCGGUGGCGGGAGAGCAGCGAUGCCGGAGAUCCCGUUAACGCGCGUCGUGUCCGUCAGCAGCUCCGACCCCCGCUUCCCGGCUGAGAAUUUGCUGCAACCGGACAAUGGCGGGCGCUGGCGGGGGGCGGCGGCGGGGGAGAAGCAGAUCAGCGUCGUGUUAGAGUUGGGGGUCGUCCGCCCCAUCCACAGUCUCCAUAUCGGCAACGACGGCGCCGCCUUCGUGGAGGCUCUGGUGGGGAACGACGACGGCGACUUCCAGGUGCUGCUGCCGACGGCGGCGUUUGCGUCUCCGGGCGAGAGCCGCGCGGGGGUUGAGCUGCGCCGCGUGCGGCUCUUCGGGGCGGAGGCGUUGGUGUCGGGGGCGGCGCGCGGGGGGGGGCGGCGCCUGCGCCUCGUCUGCUCCCAACCCUACUGCCAGAGUCGCCCCUUCGGUCUCUCCUUUGUUCGCAUUUUCUCUCCCCCCGAGGAGGAUGAAGACCCCCCCCGCGUUCCCGUGCGGCGUUUGGGCCCCUUCACGGUGCGGGAGGAGGGGGGCAGCCCCCCGCGCCCCCCCGGCGCUCUCUUCUAUCGGCGCCCCCCGUCCCCCCCAACAGUGCCCCCCCAGGACCCCCCCGGGCCCAGUUACGCCCUCGCCGCCCUCCAGAGCAGCGCCGGCGCCGACCCCAAGCCCCCCAAGCGCCGUUUGACCCCCAAAGCGGACGUCUCCCCCCGGAAGCGCUCGGUGGUGUCCCCGAAAGCCAACGGUUCCCCCCGCGGGCGGCUCAGCCCCCCCGCGCCGGGCCCGAUCCUGGCCGGGGUGGUGCUGGUGCUGAGCGGCUUCCAGAACCCUCUGAGGAGUCGUCUGCGCGAGGCCGCGGCCGCCAUGGGCGCCGCCUACCGCCCCGACUGGAGCCCCGACAGCACCCACCUCGUCUGCGCCUUCCCCCGCACGCCCAAGGCCGCCCUCGCCCGCGCCCGCGGCGGCGUCGUGGUGGGACCCGCCUGGAUCUGGGACUGCCAACGGCACCAGCGCCGCCUGCCCUGCGCCCCAUACCUCCUGGACGGCUCCGGUUCCUCCGGCAGCGACGAUGGAGAGGGCUCGGAAGCCCCUCCCCCCUCUUCGCCCCGCCCCCCCCGCCAGCCCGGGACCCCCCCGAGCUCCGAUGCUGCAGGGUCUGAUUUGGAUGAAACUGAAGCUGAGAGAGAUGACCCCUAUGGUGGUUCCACUGAGGAGAACAGCGAAGAGGAAGAAGAGGAGGAGGAGGAGGAGCCCCUCCCCCCCCUGCCCGAUUUUUUUGAGGACAAAACCUUCUUUUUCCACGGAGAAUUCCCGGAGGAGGAGGAGCGGCGGCUGCUGCGCUACGUGACCGCCUUCGGGGGGACACUGUCUCCAUCGCUGACGGAUGCGGUGACGCACGUGGUGACGUCACAGCAGUGGGGCCCCGCCCUGGAGCAGGUGGUGCGGCGGCGGCCGUCGCUGACGCUGGUGGGGCCGCGCUGGGUGCUGCGCUGUGGGGAGCGGCUGCGGGAGCUGCCGCCACAGCCCUUCCUCAUCGCCCCCCUCUGAAACCCCUCGGGACCCCCAUCGUCACCUCCCCCUGACCCCCCUGUGACCCCAUCAUG